AUCUAUACUAUGUUUGAUAUUCUUCUUUCUUUGAUUACGUAUAUAAGUCUUGUUUUACUAGUUCUUACAUAUGAAAUGACUUUUUUUAUUACAAGAACAAAUUAUUAAACAUAUGGACCUUUUCUAUUCAUUCGAGGAUGGCAGGUGGAAAUUCUAAAGAUGAGGGGUCAGGUUUAAAGAAGGGAAGUAGGUAUGUGCCUUCUUUCUUACCACCUCCUAUGGCAACUAAGGGCAGAGAUCAUGAGAAGAAGCAGGAGGACAAGCUGAGGGAAAAAGAGAAAGGCAAGGCUAGGAACAUUGAUAAUUUCAUGGAGGAACUGAAACACGAACAAGAAAUGAGGGAAAGGCGUAACCAAGACCGUGAACAGUGGCGUGAUUGUCAUACUGAAAAUUCUGCUCCAUCUAGUCGGUUUGAUGAACUGCCUGAGGACUUUGAUCCUAGUGGAAGGCCUGGAUCAUUUGAUGAUGGAGACCCACAAACGACAAAUCUCUACGUAGGAAAUCUAGCACCUCAGACAAAAACUGAGGCGUCUUGAGGUUGCAUUGAUUGAAUAUCGUGAAUCUCUUGAAGAACGAGGAAUAAAAAGUCCUGCUGAAAUUAAGAGGAAAGUUGAAAUCCAUCGGCAAUGCAUACAAUCUGAAUAUGGUUUAUUGAAUUUCAGUAAAGAUACAUCAAAAAAAGGAGGUAGGUCAUCUUUGGAGAGGAGAGAGAAAAGAGACGAUUCUCAUGAAGCUUCUAGGAAGCGUCGGGACAGUCGGAGCAGAAGUGGAAGCCCUCUGUGGAAAUCUUCCAGCAGAGACCGCGAUAGUGAUAGGGAAAAGCAUCGUGAGAAGGAAAGGAAGAGUGGAAGCAGGGAGAGAGAUGAUCAUGAUAGAGACAAAUCUAGGGAGAGGAGACGGGCCAGAUGAAUCAUUUUGUCUUUGCUGGGUGGUAAGGUUGCACGAUGACUCUCAAUGGCCCUGGAAGUAAGUUCAUCUUCAGUUAGUAUUCACUGUGCUGUGCGCCAUACAAAAGUAAACUAUGUUUCUCUAUUCAGCUCUAUGGUCUAGCAAAUUGUACAAUUGCAGAGAAUCUCAUGAAUGACUGUAUUUGCUGAUGCGUUUACUGGAUAUUUUGUACCUUCCAUCUAAAUUGGACUUUAGUAGUUAGUGGUUCAUAGUUUUCAUGUAACCUCCUUUACAUUGGUGUACUGUCUGAGAUAGUAUUGUCAAUUGCUUCAUGCUUGUCCCCUGUUAUUAAAGGUAUGAGGUAGAACGUUGAUCUUCUUAAAUUAUACUUGAAAUAUUUUUUUCCAUUUACACGGCCCUUCGUUAUGUAGCCUUACGGUAGAUUAGACCAUCUUGUCGACCAUGCUAGCAAUUGCACCCGGAAGUCUAUUUUCACCAUGCUUUAGGCUGUG